AUGAAUAAUAAAUAAUAUAUACAUAAUAUACAUAUAAAAUUUAUAUAUGUAAAAAAAUAGAUUCGGUUUAUAGUUUUAAUAAUCAUAAAUCGAAUUUUAUAAUUUAAUAACCAAUCAUGGGAAGUGAAGGAGUAGAAAUGGAUCAAACUUUGGCACAAAGACUUUUUUUUGAAGGUGCUACGUUAGUUACAUUAAAUGUACCCAGUGGCACAGAAUUUGGAAUAGAUUUAAAAUCGUGGAACACAGCAGAUAAAUUUAAAGGUAUUAAAAUGAUUCCACCAGGCUUUCAUUAUAUCCAUUACAGUGCUAUAGAUGAAUUUGGAGAAGCAAAACCAAAAGUUGGUUUUUUCCAUACAUUUAAGAAAUCUGAAUUUUUAGUUAAACAUUGGGAUACAACAGAAGAAGAUUUGAGUUCAGAAAUUGUAGAACAAGAGACAGUUGAAAGAUUGAAGAAGAAUAUGAAAGAUUUAGAUAAAUUUCUAGGAUGUUAUCCUUAUGAUAUAUGGAAGCAGUGGAAAGAUUUAACAAAUCACAUUACUCCUUCUCUUGUAGAACGUUGCUCACCUAUAUGUGGCUUUGUAAGAUCAGCUUUAGAAUUAGAAUAUUGUUCUGAUGCUACAAGGCCAAGAGGUGGAGAAUCAAAACCAAAAAAAAGAAGGAGUGGAAUUACUGUAGAAGAAAAAGAAGAUGAACUUCUUCCUGAUAUGAAACCUAAACCUGGUACAGAACUUCGACUUUCUAAAAUACCUAACAAACAAUAUCCAGAUGGAGCAUCACCAACUGAAAUUACAAAAUAUUCUUUGGAUUCAAGUUAUGUAUUGGAUAUUAUUCUUAAUGAUUUAACACUUCCUAUAGAGAUAAUCGGUGAAAUACAAUUGACAUUUGUCUGCUUUCUUGUUGGACAAAGUCUUGAUGCCUUUGAACAUUGGAAAAAACUUGUCUCUCUCAUUUGUGGUGCUGAUUGUGCAAUUUCGCAACGUCGCGCUAUUUACGUUGAAUUUAUGAAGGCAAUAGAGAUUCAAUUAAUGCAUGUACCUGAAGAUAUACUUUGCGAUAUUGUAGCUAAUAAUAAUUUUAUUUAUCAUAAUUUACGUAAACUAUUUGCGAAUAUUGAAAUCAAUUCUGAAUUAGAUGGACGUCUGAAAUCUUAUACAAGAAGAUUUAGCGAACGAUUAUCAACAAAAUUCUUAUGGGAUUUUUCUAAUUUGCAAGAAGAAACUGAUGAUGAUGCACCUGUCGUUGUUUUGUUAGAAUAAACUUGUAUAAUGUAAUAAUUGUAACUUGUAUAAAAAUACUGUUUGAUAUAAAAGUAAUAUAUUUAUUCUUGUAUAUACAUA